ACGGGCUGAGGGUUCUUUUGCCGGUGGACUAGAAACUCCCGCCAUUUCGACAGGGAAUUAACCUCUUGUUUGAUUGGGGAUACUUUCUUGUGACACUUGCGAAUAUUGUUUAUUGACAACAAAACCUCGACAGCACAGCUCAUCAGCAAAAAAGAUCAGGUCUACUUUAAAAAUACUUUAUUAGGACUGUGAAACUGCAGCCGAAUUGAGCUCUGGCUGUUGCCGCGAGUUUGAUUUCGGUGUGGCUCUCAUCCUUUCGUGUUCACCUGGAGGAACUAAAAGUUUACCAACUAACCCGUCGGAGCAAAGCUUUAACAUAUUUUACUUCCCGGAAUUCUGGUUAAAACCAGCGUGUCUCCGCAGCUGCAGAAGCGGAGAAUGUUGCGAUGAGGCCAUCGGUGAGAAGCGCACUGUUAUUGUUUUGCAACGAGAUAGCGAUCCAGACUGCUAGCUGAUUAACUAGCUUCGGCACGCUCAGAGCCGGGGCCUGCCGGCUGUAACGCGAGACGUGCUAUCCCUCGGUACAUAUAUUACCGACGCUUGGAUACAUGCUAAGAACUAUCACGGAAGUAAGGUUGUGCUAGUUUGUUGCCAGAAAGUCACGUUUAACCUCUGGCACUCGUGCCAUCUUUGGAUCUGCCAUGGCACCGCUUCUGGGCCGGAAACCGUACCCGCUGGCUAAGCCGCUAGCUGAGCCACCAGGCCCGGGAGAAGAGGUCUACAUCAUCGAGCAUACCAAGGAGGCCUUCAGGAACAAAGAAGAGUAUGAGGCACGCCUGCAGAGGUAUGAUGAACGCAUCUGGACAUGCAAGAGCACAGGAAGCCUCCAGCUUACUCACAAAGAGGCCUGGGAGGAGGAACAAGAAGUCACUGAGCUGCUUCAGGAGGAGUACCCUCUGUGGUUUGAGAAGCCAGUCCUUGAGAUGGUCCACCACAACACGGUGUCCUUAGACAAACUGGUGGAGAUGGCCUGGGUGGAAAUCCUCACCAAGUAUGCUGUUGGUGAAGAGUGUGACUUCCUGGUAGGAAAAGACCAAAGUUUGCGAGUGAAAGUGAUCAAGAUUCAUCCCUUGGAGACCCCAGAGGGGGAGUCGGGUGAGAAGAAGCUCGAAGGUGCCUGUGACUCCCCGUCCAGCGACAAGGAGAACGCAAGCCAGGAGAACCAGAGGAAGGAGCCUCCGUCUCGAGAGGAGGAGAACAGAAGGGAGAGUCUGAGUGACAGAGCGCGGCGUUCUCCGAGGAAAGCUACCACCGCCAUGAAGGAAGAGAAGAAGAGAUGGGUCAUGCCCAAAUUCCUUCCUCAUAAGUAUGACGUGAAGCUCAUCAACGAGGAUAAGGUGAUCAGCGAUGUCCCAGCAGACAGUCUCUAUAGAACAGAGCGGCCUCCAACCAAGGAGAUCAUGCGCUACUUCAUCAGACACUACGCCCUGAGGCUGGGCAAAGGAGAAAGUGCCCCCUGGGUGGUCGAAGAUGACCUGGUGAAAAAAUACAACCUGCCCAGUAAAUUCAGCGACUUCCUCCUUGAUCCGCAAAAGUUCUUGGCAGGAAACCCGUCCACGAAGCGUAAAAGCUUGACUUCUCCCGAAGGCAAACCUAGCAAGAAGGUGAAAACCGGUGACACUCCUGGAGAGGAUUCAGGGAAUGAGAAGGGAGAGAAGAAGAAGAAAAAGAAGAAGGAAGGGUUGCCUCUUAGUCCCACCAUAUGGGGUCACAUGCAGAAGGUGAAAAUGAACGGUUCCCCUCUCAAGGUGAAGAACUCUGGAACUCCUAAGAAGGGAGACGGAAAAGGCUCUGCUCCCUCCACUCCAAAGUCUGGCAAGAAGACCGGGGACAAAAAAGAUGGAAAGAAAAGCGGAAAGGGUGGCGAUAAGAAACUCGACGUUCUAAAAUCCUCCAAAAAAGACGGAAAAACUGGCGAUAAGACACCAAAAAUGAAGCAGAUGACUCUGCUGCAGCUGGCUAAGGGAACCGCCGCAGGGAGCCCGAAGAAGCGAGCUCGCAGCUCCAGCCUAGGCACGCCCAAGCUUGGGAAACCGCUGCACCCCAUGGCGUUGCACCUCGUCCGCUACUACAAGGAGCACAAGGGAAAAGAGGACAAGAAGACGUCCCUCUCUUCCCUCAUAACCAAAGCUGCCAAGACGUUGUCCGCCGACGACCGCGGGCGUCUGCCGGACGAGCUGAAGGAGCUGGUGCAGAAGCGCUGGGAGCUGCUGGAGCAGAAGAAGAGAUGGGCGGCCAUGAGUGAAGAAGAGAAGAACGAGGAGAUGAAGAGGAGGCGCGCCGAACUCAAAGAGAAGCUGAGGGAGAAGGCCAAGGAGAAGCGCAAGCAGGAGAUGUUGGUCCGCCAGGAGCAGUCGCGCAGAUACGAGGACCAGGAGAUCGAAGGCGGCAAAGCGCUGCCGACGUUCAAGCUGGUGGACAUGCCCGAAGGCCUGCCCAACACGCUGUUCGGCAGCGUUGCCAUGGUGGUGGACUUCCUCCACUGCUACGCCGGGCUGCUGAUGCCCGAGGACCAGUAUCCGAUCACGGCGGUGGCGCUGAUGGAGGCGCUGGCCGGGGAGCGCUCCGGCUUCCACUACCUGAACCGCGUGCUGGUGGUGCUGCUGCAGACGUUGCUGCAGGACGAGCUGGCCGAGGGCUACAGCGAGCUGGACAUGUCCCUGUCGGAGAUCCCGCUCACCAUGCACUCGGCGUCGGAGCUGACGCGCCUGUGCCUGCGGCCGUGCGACGCGCACGACGAGAGCGCCCAGGGCUCGGAGGACUCGGGCGCCGUCGGCGGCUACGACGACGUGGUGAGCAGCGAGUUCCUGGAGAAGCUGGAGACGGUGGAGGUGUUCGAGCUGAGCCCGGAGGAGAAGGUGGACCUGCUGGUGGCGCUGUGCCACCGCAUCCUCAUGACCUACUCGGUGGAGGACCACGUGGACGCCAUGCAGCAACGCUCGGCCGAGCUGUGGAAGGAGCGCCUGGCCAUGCUGAAGGAGGUCAACGACCGCAAGAAGGCAGAGAAGAAGAUGAAGAAGGAGAUGGAGAGCAAAGGCGAGAAGAAGAAGGAUGGGCCAGCUAAAAAGGAGAGCAAGAAGGAAGUGAAGGUGGAGCCGGAGCCGGAACCCGAGGACCUGAUCAGCCUGGUGAAGAGCCGGCGGCUGAUGGCCAUGCAGGCCAAGAAGGAGAAGGAGGAGCUGGACCGGCAGAACAAAGAGCGGAUGGAGAAGGAGGCCGAGGAGGAGCGGCUGCGGAAGCAGAAGGCUGCGGCGGAGCGCGCCUUCCAGGACGGCAUAACCAAAGCCAGACUGGUGAUGCGCCGGGCGCCGCUCGGCACCGACAGAAACCACAACAGAUACUGGCUUUUCUCCGACGUGGUUCCCGGGCUGUAUGUCGAGAAGGGCUGGGUACACGACGGCAUCGACUACAGCUUCACUCCUCCACCCGAGGAGAAAGCGGCCGAGCCAGAGAUGGAGGAAGAGGAGGAGGAAGGCAGUGAGGCGGCUUCAGUUCCCGACUCGCAACCCGAUUCACAAGGGAGAGAAGCUGAAAAAGACGAUGCAAGCGUCGACGGCGCCGCAAGUGAAGGAGUCCAGCAGGGGGCAGCACCGGAUGUCUGCAUUGAAACAACGAUUCCCAAACAGGGACAGAAUCUUUGGUUCGUCAUCGACAGCCCGGCUGAGCUGGAGGAGCUGGUGGAAAGUCUUCAUCCUCAGGGAGUUCGAGAGAGCGAGCUGAAGCUAAAGAUCCAAAGCAGGUACCAGGACAUCCUACACUCCAUCUAUUUGAGUCGUAAAUCCAAACUGGGACUCAGGAGCUGCGACGGCUACGCCGAGCUGCUCAAGUACAUGCGCAGCGACAUCCAGGAGAUAGCCUCCAGGCUACAAAAGGGAGGACUGGGCUACCUGGACGACAACGUAGACAUAGAAGAGCAGCUGAAGGACACGGAGAGCUUGAAGGACUUUGGCGAGUGCAUCAUCACGCUGCAGGCCUGCGUCAUCAAGAAGUUCCUGCAGGGCUUCAUGGCUCCCAAACAGAAGAAGAAGAAGAAACAAGCAGGGGAAGAAAGCAGCAAGGCCGAGGACGUGGACGAGGAGAAGAAACUAGCAGAGGAGGCCAGGGUAGCCACAGCGGUAGAGAAGUGGAAGUCGGCCAUCAGGGAGGCGCUGACCUUCUCCCGGAUGCACGUUCUGCUGGGAAUGUUGGACGCCUGCAUAAAGUGGGACAUGUCUGCCGAGAACGCUCGCUGCAAAGUCUGUCGCAGGAAAGAGCUCAGGAAGGACAUGCCUCUAAGGCUGAUGGAGUGUAGGACCAGACCCAGACAGGGAGGCAGCAGAAAGCUCAGAGCAGAGCAGGGUAGAUGUGUCAGGCAGGUCUACGUCGAGAGCCGGCAGCUCCGCACGCCCUCAGGUGAUGAUGAGAAGCUCAUCCUGUGUGACGAGUGCAACAAGGCCUUCCAUCUGUUCUGCCUGCGACCGGCUCUGUACCGCAUCCCCGCUGGGGAGUGGCUGUGUCCGGCCUGCCAGCCCACCGUGGCCAGGAGGGGCUCCCGCUCAAGGAAUUAUAAACAAGACACCGACGAAGAGGAGAGCGAGGAGGAGUCUGAUGAAGAGUGCUCGGAAGACGACGACGAGGAUGAGGAAGAGAAUGACUACAAAGCCAUGGGGCACAGCUUGAGGCCGAGGAAGAAAAACAAGCAGUCUUCAGCACGACAGAAGAUCUCCAAAAGUAAAGCCAAGAAGGCGUCCAGCAGGCAGAGCAGCAAGCAGAGAGCCGGGCCCAGCAGCCCCGCAGACAUCGACGAACUGGUGAGGCAGAGUACCCAGACGGGGGUCAGCAAGCAGGCGCUGGAGCUGGAGAGGUGUGAGGAGAUCCUGAAGAAGCUGAUGAAGUUCCGCUACAGCUGGCCCUUCAGGGAGCCCGUUUCCCUGGAUGAGGCCGAGGACUACCUUGACAUCAUCUCGGAGCCCAUGGACUUCCAGACGAUGCUGGGGAAGUUCGGCCAGGGCUCGUACCGACACGCCCAGGACUUCCUGGAGGACAUGAAGCUGGUGUUCUCCAACGCGGAGGAGUACAACCAGCAGGGCAGCACGGUGCUCUCCUGCAUGGGCAAGACGGAGCAGACGCUCACCGAGCUCAUCCAGAAGCUGCUCCCCGGAACCAGCUACCUCCGCCGGCGCUCCCGCAAGCGCGUCAACCAAGCUCCUCCUUCAUCUGAGGAGGAGGAGGAGGAGGAAGAUGAAGAGGAGGAGGAGGACGAUGAAGGGGACUGCGAAGAGCAGGAAGAGGAGCCCAAGAAGAAGAUGCAGAACGGCAAAUCGAACCGGAAGACGGGCAGGAACGUUCGGGGCCGGAAAGCGGAGAGCGAGAGCGAGGCGGACAGCGAGGAUGAGGAGGAGGAGAGCAGCAGGAGGAGGAAGAGCAAGAGGACCUCCGGCGCCUCCGGCAGGAAGGAUUACAGGGAGCUGGACAGCGACGGGGAGCAGGGCACGAGGAGAACUCGUCUGCGGGGGGGGCGGGGCGACGCCAGCAGCGACGAGGAGCAGCCCAGCCAUCAGCAGCGACAUUCCAAGAGACUGAAACGCUCGUGAAGAAACCAGGGUGUCUUCUCCCCAUCAUCAUCAUCUCUGGACCACAGGCUCUUCUCUUCCUCCUCCACCUCCUCCUCCUCUCCCCACACAAAACCAGCAGGACUCAGAUCUCAGAAGGACUGGUUUUUGGUUAACAAAUUUAUGUUCACAUUUUGGAAAACAAAGAAAACUGAUUUAUAUUUGUAACA